AGACCAGCAAUCAACAAUGGUCAGCGCCACCCGAGUACCUCGCCGAUCUUCAACAACAACUUCUGCAACUGCCCAACAACGAACGCCAUCUCCACUCAUGCCAGCAAGUUUUCCCAUAACAAUGGACGAAUAUCUCGAGAAGGAAAACAGGGAAUUUGUUGUGAAUGCUUCAAAAGAUAUAGCUAUGAAGAAACUCGCUCUAACUCUUCUUGAGCUGUAUCCGGAAAUGUGGAAGCCUGGUGGUCCAAUGGUUGCAAAGAAGUGGCAAGCUUUUGGUGCCGAGAUGUACAGGAGAACCGGGAAGAUUUACCGAUGCAAGGAUCUGCAUUCUGUUUUCACAUUAACAAAGUCAUCGAUCAAGCGCAAACUGAGAACAUGCAUCUUGAUCAAGAGAAUGCAUCGAAGUAAAACUGACGAGGAAAUGUGGAAAUAUGAACUUUACCCUUAUUUCCAAUACUACCGACAAAGCAUCGGCCAAUUUGAAGCCAAGCUCCGGGAUGAGCCCUGGACCGGUGAGGAUCAGGCCCAAGAAGACGAUGAUAUUUUAUUCGACGGUCUAUUUGAAGUUGAAAACAAUUUCGUGCACAACGGAUUGCCAGCUAUGGAGGAAAAAGUCAGAUUCUCAGCCAAUCUCCAUACAGACGAGCAAGCUAACAUGUUUGAUACACAAACUGAGAAUGUGGAUAACAUGAUGGGAGCAUACACUGACUCGUUUUCCCAAAUUCGCCACGAGACUAGUAAAUCACCGAUGAAUGCCCAGUCGAUCAAUGCUUCAAUUGAAUAUGAAAAUGUUCCAGUUCGCCAAAUUGACAAAACAGCUGACAACAUUGGAGAUCAGGUGAAACAGUUGUUUGUGGACCAUCCAGAUCGAGCAAACUUUUUCCGGGAAGUUCUCUUCAAAACUGUGCUGGAACUACGUGAUCCAGCGUUCACAAAUGCUGGAGUAUUCUUUGACGAAAUGUCUUCGCUAGAGAGUGCAAAGAGACGCAGACGUUCGGAGAUGAAUAAGUGAAAUGGAAUGAAUUCUUGCCGCCCUGUUGAAUUUUCAUCAAAUGUUCUACGAAUCUCAUGCUCAGUUCUUAUCAUGUGCUUUUCUUCUUGAACUGUUCUUCCAGUACUUUUUUGUUUCAAUGAUAUUUAUUUUUUCAGUGCAUUUCUUAUUGCAUUUCACGUAAAAACGCAGAAAGAUCGAAACUUAGUAAAUUUGCAAUCAGUUUUAAAAUUUUUAUAUCAUUUUAUACAAAUCUCAUGCUUCAUAAUCAUAAUUUUGAGUUCUACUUGAGCUUUUUCCAGUUGUUUUUUUUGUUUUAUUGGCACAUAAAAGCUUCUCAGUACAUAU